UAUCAAACCAAGCUGAAAUUAUAAAUAAAGCCCCUGAACGCAUUAAACGUUCCCACGGUGGCACUUUUGCGGUCAUCAAUUAAUCACGGAACCUUUGAAGAAGUGUAUUUUCCGGGGAAGAAUCAGAUCCAAACACCACGUCAGUCAGGCUGAUGCAAGUUGUAUGAGCUGUCGGCAGUGUGUGUGAAGAAUAUACGCAGAUGACAGACUGCCGAGGAGACGGCGAAGGAACCAAUAGUCCAAUGGAGGUCUACGAGAAACUGACAGCACAAGGAGAAGAAGUCAGGGCCUUGAAAACUGCUAAAGCAGAGAAAGCUGAAAUUGAUGCAGCUGUCCAGUUGCUUCUAAAGUUGAAAGUAGACUACAAACAGUUGACCGGUCAGGAUUACAAAGCGGGCUGUCCGCCCUCAGAGACCUCUGUUGCCCUCGAGAACAGGGCUUCAGCAGAUGGCGCUAAUGACGAAGACACAGUUGACCCAUGGAACGUAUCCACCAGCAACGCCAAGGGAGUGGAUUACGACAAACUAAUAGUGAGGUUUGGCAGCAGUAAAAUUGACAAGGAGCUGGUGGACAGAAUAGAAACUGUCUCGGGACAGAAGCCUCAUCACUUUCUUCGAAGAGGAAUUUUCUUCUCACACAGAGAUAUGCAUCAGGUCCUUGAUGCGUAUGAGAAGCACAAGUCCUUCUACCUUUACACUGGGAGAGGUCCUUCCUCAGAGGCCAUGCAUGUUGGUCACCUCAUCCCCUUCAUCUUCACCAAGUGGUUGCAGGAUGUAUUUGACAUCCCUCUGGUGAUCCAGUUGACUGAUGAUGAGAAGUACCUGUGGAAGGAUCUAACAUUAGAAGAGUGCCACCGCUUCGCUGUGGAAAAUGCUAAGGACAUCAUUGCCUGUGGCUUUGAUGUGAACAAAACCUUCAUCUUUUCGGACCUUGAAUAUAUGGGUGCAUCGCCUGAAUUCUACAGAAAUGUGGUGAAGAUCCAGAAGCAUGUGACAUUUAACCAGGUCAAAGGCAUCUUUGGCUUCACAGACAGUGACUGUAUUGGAAAGAUCAGCUUCCCAGCUAUCCAGGCAGCUCCAUCAUUCAGUAACUCAUUCCCACAGAUCUUUAAAGGCAGAAAGGACAUACAAUGUCUCAUCCCCUGUGCCAUAGAUCAGGACCCCUACUUCAGGAUGACCCGUGAUGUAGCUCCGAGGAUCGGCCACCCCAAACCAGCCUUGCUGCACUCAACCUUCUUCCCAGCCCUGCAGGGAGCGCAGACCAAGAUGAGCGCCAGUGACGCCAACUCGUCUAUCUUCCUCACGGACACACCCAAGCAGAUCAAAAACAAGGUCAACAAACAUGCAUUUUCUGGAGGAAAAGACACUGUGGAAGAGCACAGGAAGUACGGUGGAAACCCGGAUGUAGACGUCGCCUUUAUGUAUUUGACCUUCUUCCUGGAGGACGAUGAACAGCUGGAAAAGAUCAGACAGGAUUACAUUAGUGGAGCUCUUCUAACGGGGGAAUUGAAGAAGCUUUUGAUUGAGACUCUGCAGCCAAUAAUUUCACAGCAUCAGGAGCAACGCAAAAAAGUCACAGAUGAGCGAGUCAAGCAAUUCAUGACACCCAGGCCUUUAAAUUUUAACUUCUAGUCCGCUUGAGCAAUGGAGAUGUCAAAGUUCAUUCUGUCACUGAUCUCUGUGCAAGAGCAAAUAAUGAUCCAUCUUUUUCAAUGGAACUUGUAACAGGAAGACACAGAUUUUCUCUUACAGUUUGCAAUCAGGACUGUGGGAAAAUGUAAAGUACUUGAGUAAAAGAGAAUGUCUCUGUGUCAAAAUAAGAAUCACAUUACCCUUGCCUUCAUGCUAAUUGCAGUGCUACUUGUUAGCUC